CCAGGAAGACAACAGUUUAUGGAUCAGGUGAGGCCUCGGAUGUGGUCAAAAUAUCUGCAAAGCCUGCUGCCUUCUCCAGCCUCAGCCCUGGGGAAAUGACAGCCAGGCUGUUCCCCUUCCUGCCUGGCUGCUGAUGUGACAACCCCAUGACCAGGCAGACCAGCCUCCGAGUGGCCACACCCUGCUCUGUCUGUCCUCCAAGCACCAAGGUCCCUCCAUCUGCACCAGGGACAGAGGCAGGAGACACCAUGACCCCCACCCUCAUGACCCUGCUUCUCCUCGGGCUGAGUGUGGGACCCAGGACCCGAGCUCAGGCAGGGACCCUCCCCAAACCCUCCCUCUGGGCUGAGCCAGGCUCUGUGGUCCCUUGGGGUAGCGCUGUGACCAUCUGGUGUCAGGGAAUCCUGGAGGCCCACGAGUUCCAUCUGGAUAAAGACGGACACUCAAUGCCCUGGGACAGACAGAGGCCACUGGAGCCUGGGAACAAAGCCAAGUUCUCCAUCACAUACGUGAGAGAGCAGUAUGCAGGCCGAUAUCACUGUUCCUAUCAAAGCUCCACUGGCUCCUCAGAGGGCAGUGACCCCCUGGAGCUGGUGGUGACAGGUUUCCAUGCCGAACCCACUCUCUCAGCCCUGCCCAACCCCAUGGUGACUUCAGGAGGGAAGGUGACCCUCCAGUGCACCUCAUGGAUGGAAUUCCAUAGGUUCGUCCUGAUGAAGGAAGGAGAACCCAGGCCCGUCUGGACCCUGGACUCCCAGCAACCCACCAGUGGACAGUUCCAGGCCCUGUUUCCUGUGGGCCCUGUGACCCCCAGGCUCAGGUGGACCUUCAGAUGCUAUGGCUAUUUCAGCAACACCCCCCACAUGUGGUCACUCUCCAGUGACCCCCUGGAGCUCCUGGUCUCGGGUGUGUCCAGGAAGCCCUCCCUCCUGACCCAGCAGAGCCCUUUCUUGACCCCUGGACAGAGGCUGACCCUCCAGUGUCGCUCUGACGUCGGCUAUGACAGAUUCGCUCUGUACAAGGAGGCGGCACAUGACCUUCCCCAGCACCUUAGUCUGCAGCCCCAGGCUGGGCUCUCGGGGGCCGACUUCCCCCUGGGCCCAGUGAGCAGCUCCCACGGGGGUCGGUACACAUGCUAUGGUGGACACAACCUCUCCUCCGAGUGGUCGGCCCCCAGUGACCCCCUGGACAUCCUGGUCACAGGGCAGCUCUCCUACACACCCUCCCUCUCAGUGCAGCCAGGACCCACGGUGGCCUCAGGAGAGAAUGUGACCCUGCUGUGUCAGUCCUGGAGCUCUGUGAACACUUUCUUUCUGUCCAAGGAGGGGGCAGCCGACCCUCCCCUGCGUCUUAGAUCAAAGUACCGAGCUGGACAUUACCAGGCCAAAUUCUCCAUGAGUCCUGUGACCUCAGCCCAGGGGGGGACCUACAGGUGCUACGGCUCAUAUAGCAACUUCCCCUACCUGUUGUCACACCCCAGUGACGCCCUGGAGCUCCUGGUCUCAGGAUCCUCUGGAGAGCCUGGCCCCCCAGCCACAGAUCCCAGCUCAACAGCUGGUCCCAACCGGUACCUGUACGUCCUCAUCGGGGCCGCGGGGGCCUUCGUCCUGCUGCUCUGCCUCCUCGUCGUCCUCCUCGUCCGUCGCCAGCGUCAGGGCAAAGGCAGGAAGCCGGGGGCCGCAGACCCAGAGCCCCAGGACAGAGGCCUGCAGGACAGCUCCGGGCCAGCUGCCGCCACCCAGGAGGAGACCCUCUCAGAUGCCGCCGUGCAAGACGCACAGCCCGAGGAGGGGGUGGAGCUGGACCAGCGGCAGGACGCGGAGGAUGGAGACCCCCAAGGAACGACGUAUGCCCAGGUGAGCCACUCAAGAUCAAGACUCAGUCGGGGACCGGCCACUUCUCCUUCCCCCCUGUGGGGGGGAUUGCCGGACACAGAAGACAAACAAGCAGAGGAAGACAGGCAGAUGGACAGUCAGGUGGGUCCUCUCUUCUCCAGGCUCCCAGGCUCCCCCCACGCUAACCACACACCUCCCCUCUCCCUCCGCCCACUGCAGGCUGCCGCAUCUGACGCCCCCCCAGAUGUGACCUACGCCCAGCUGAACCGCUUGACGCUCAGACGGGAGACGAGUGCACCCCAUUCCUCCCAAGCCGGGGAGCCUCCAGCAGAGCCCAGCGUGUAUGCUGCUCUGGCCAUCCGCUAGCCCAGGAAGGACCCACACCCCACACUCCAGGGAGGGGACCGCGGGGACCCCAGGAGGCGCGGGAGCUGCCCACAGAGGCCGCCUAAUGGCCCCAGCCAGCCUGGACUCCUAACAUAGACCAGUAAGAACUCCUGGGACCCUCUGGGAGUGACCGGAUUCUGCCAUCAAAGAUAGCUAGAGCCCCUACAUUUUGGAAAUAAAGCAACAGACUUCUCGAUAAUCCGUGAGUGAAAUGAGAAACCCAAAAUGGAAAUGGGAGAAUGCUUACGCUGAAUGAUAAUGCAAAUGUUACACAUCAGACCUAUGGCGCAGGAAAAUUAACAACCAGGAACGAAUAUAUUAGAAAAGAAAAAGCCUAAAAUUAACAACUCAGGCAACAAGAGAUGUUGGCGAGGAUGCGGAGAAAGAGGAUCUCUUUGGCGCUGCUGGUGGGAAUGCAAACUGGUGCAGCCCCUCUGGAAAACAGUAUGGAGGUUCCUUAAAAAACUAAAAAUAGAACUAACCUACGACCCAGCAAUUGUACUAGUUAGGUAUUUAGCCAAGGGACAGAGGUAUGCUGUUUCAAAGGGACACAUGCACCCCAAUGUUUACAGCAGCACUAUCAACAAUAGCCAAAGUAUGUAAAGAGCCCAAACGUCCAUUGGUAGAUGAAUGGAUAAAGAAGAUGUGGGGUGUGUGUUUGUGUGUGUGUGUAUAUAUAUAUGUGUGUGUGUGUGUGUGUAUAUAUAUAUAUGUAUAUGUAUAUAUAUAUAUAUAUAUAUAUAUAUAUAUAUAUAUAUAUAUAAUGGAGUAUUACUGGGAAAUCAAAAAGAAUGAAAUCUUGCCAUUUGCAACUAUGUGGAUGGAACUGGAGGGUAUUAUGCUAAGCGACCUAAGUCAGUCAGAAAGACAAAUAUAUUAUUUCACUCAUGUGGAAUUUUAAGAUACAAAACAGAUGAACAUAAAGGAAGGGAAGCAAAAAUAAUAAUAAUAAACAGGGAGGGAGACAAACCAUAAGAGACUCUUAAAUACAGGGAACAAACUGAGGGUUGCUGGAGGGGAGGAGGUGGGGGGCUAAAUGGGCAAGGGACAUUAAGGAGGACACUUGUUGUGAUGAGCACUGGGUGUUAUAUGUAAGUGAUGAAUCACUAAAUUCUAUUCCUGAAAUCAUUUUUACACUAUAUGUUAACUAACUUGGAUGUAAUUUUUAAAAAAGAAGAAGAAAGGAAAAGAAAAAAGCCUAAAAAGUCAAUGAUCCAAGUUAUCAUACCAAGAAUUUAGAGGAGGAAAGAAGCAAAUUAUUCCAAAUGAAGGUAGAAGGAAGGAAAUUAUAGUGAUAAUAGUAGCUACUAAUGAGGACGAACAAAAAAUAAAGAAGAAUCAAUAAAGCCCAAAAUGUUCAUUUUUUAAAACAUUAAUCACAUUUAUAAAUCCUAGUCAAAAUGGCCAAGAGUGGGGGGCACCCAUUAUCAUUUUCAGGAGGGCAUCACAUCCUACAGACUUUAAAUCAAUAAUAGAACAUGAUGAUCGAUUGUAUGCCAACAUAUUAGAAAAUGUAGAUGAAAUGAACACAAUCCCCAAAAAUACAAGUUUCCAAAAUGAUGAAGGAUAAGUAGAAAAUAUGUAUCACCUUAUGUAUACAUUAAAUGCAUUGACUCUGUGAUCAAAAAUCACCCCCCAACUGAAGUGUGAGGAAACUGACAGAAAUGGAGAGCAGAAUGGUGGCUGUCAGGUCUGGGGGUGCAGAAAUGGUGAAGUGUUGGUCAAGAUUAUAGGUAUAAGAUUAAAAGAUAUAUAGUUAGUUCUAAGAUUAUACAUUCUGGGGAUCUAAUGUACAGCAUGGUGGCCAUAGCUAUACUGUAUCAUCUUGAAUGUGGCAAAGAGAGUAGAUCUAAGAUGGUCUCAUCAUAUAAAAAAGGCAGCUAUGUUAUGGGAUGGAAAUGUUAGCUAAUCCCAUAGUGAUAAUCAUCUUGUAAUAUAUACAUGUGUCUGUUGAGGAGGCUUCAUUGGCAAUUUCCUCCAAACACUUACAAAACACACACACACACCAGAAUUACACAAGCCUUUCUUGAGAAUAAUAAUAAAAAAAGGAAGUAAUAUUUUAUCAGGCUAGGAAAAUAUUGACACCAAAGCCUGGAAAGGAAUUUAUAGAAUGGGAAAGGCACGGAACAAUGUCUCACAUAAACUUAGAUGUAAAUCUCUAAACAAAACAUUCACAAAUAAGAUUCAGCAGUAUAUAAAAAGGACAAUACAUCAUGACCAUACUGGAUUUUGCAGGGGAGAGGAAGAACAGAGUAGCUUAAAGUAUUAAAAAUCAAUCAAUAUAAUCCAAUACAUUAACAGAAUAAGUUAAAAAAAAUGACCAUCUCACAAACUAGUGGUUGCCAGAGGGGAAGAGGGUGGGGAUGGGUGAAGCAAAUGAAAGAGCUUAAAAGGCAUAAACUUCGAGCUAUAAAAUAAAUGAGCCACAGGGAUGAAAAAUACAGCAUAGGGAAUAUAGUCAAUAAUAUUGUAAUAAUUUUGUUCUGACACUAAAUAACUACACUUCACAUAGUGAGCAUUUCAUAAUGCAUGUAAUUGUUGAAUCACUAUACUGUUCACCUGAAACUAAUAUGUCAACUGUACUUUAGUUAAAAAUUAAAAAAAUGAAGAAAUCUCAA